AUGGCGUAUAUGAACAGCACCCACGAUGAAAUCAACAAUUUGAUCACUGAUUUCUGCAGAGUAAAACCGAGAAGCCGCUGCCACAGCAAAAGGAUAUGGCGCCUCAAGCCAUCCAGUCGUGACUCUACUGCAUGCAGUACUCAUUUAAACAUGCUCCUGGCGGAUUACCAUCUAGCCCUAAUGCCUACGGCUGGGGUCCAGUUGAGCAUGGUCUUGAAUGUUUUACUAGCUAGAGCUAAGCAAAAAGCACUGGAGAAUUAUGGCUACCAGUUAGAUACUGCAGAAAAGCUGAAAACGCUGUUUUGGGGUUAUGAACACGCUAUAGCUUUUCCAGGGACUCUUAAUACAGAGGGAAAUCUGCACUGUGUUGUGGACUACAUACUGCAGUUCGGGGAGCAGCGAGACUUCGAGACGAAUCUUAUUGUUGCUCAGGCAGAGGAGCCGAUUGAGAGCAGGACAGAGUACUCACUGGUGCUUUCUGUUAUGGCUAUGAUCCAACACAACCAGGGCAGUCUGAAUAGGGAAAUGUACGGCAUAUUGACCGACGGCGUUAAAUGGGUUUUCUUUCACCUCAAUAAAAACAAGUAUUGUUCUCUCAAAUUGGAAUGGAAUGGAGGACAGCAGGCCAUUCUCGGUCAACUCAGCAAAAUACUCAACAAGGCAGUCUCAAUCAAACUAUUGGGCAGAAAGGACAGAUGGAAAGUGUUACGAAGACCACAAUCGAAUGUACAACAACAGGACUAUUCAGAUGAAGAGGACACUCUGGAUCUCGAGGCUACUGAUGAACUCCCUACCAAGCAACCUUUCAAAAUGCACAAGAUGAAGUGGUUCCAGAAACACGGCAACAAGAAGACUGCCGAGCAGCGGAUGAAAGACUUUGUGAAACAGCAUCAACUUAAGCCUUCUUUGUGCGAGGAGUUGAAAGAUAUCAUGAAUCAAUCGCGAGAUGAGGGAGCACAGAAGGGCAAGGACAAAUCUCUGCCAACUCUGGCGGUAACAGACAUCCGACCAGAGGAUGUCCAGUGCACGUUUCGUAUGAAGGUUGACAAGAACCCAGAUGGGGUCUGGCACUUGGAUCCGGCGGAGAGGAGGGCCGUUCCUGAGCACCUCAGGAAAACAUUGGCCGACUAUGACCUUGCCUUUGGUGACACUGAGCAAAACGAGGCAGUGGUCCGAACAAGGGUGGACCACGGCCUGGCAAAGACCUCCAGCAACCGGACCUCGGUUUCAAGCGCACUAUCAUACAAAUCAAUUCAUUUCGGCCUGGAAACGAGCAUCGAGCUCCCUUGGCCGCACAAGGGCCAGCUCAAGCUAAUCAAAGGCAAGAUAGACUACGUGGUCUGGUACGGCAAAUCAGAGGAGGCCGAGACCAAUAUGGUGGCCAUUAAGGCAAAAAGGAGAGGCGAGGCGAGUCUAGGAAUGUACCAGGCGCGGGUCUAUAUGGGCAUGAUUCACCAUGCCCGCAAGAAGGCAGGCCGUGCCAACAUGCCCAUAUAUGGGAUCUCAACCGACGGAUACGAGUGGUAUUUUAUAUACCUGGGUCCUCAAGGCAAUACUUCGUCUCAUGUUUUAAGUUGGGAACAAGGCAAGCAGGUGGAGAUCAUCUCGCACAUACACAAAAUACUACAGCAAGCCGCGUCGCUUUCGCCGGUACCAACCACCUUGGCCCGACAGAAGACUCUUGAAGAGGAAAGUGGACUUGCGCUUUUCUCUGGCCGAGUGACCAAGAGGGUCCGAAAGGAAUAGUUUUGUUGGAGGGAAACAUGGCAUCAC